CUGAGGUCGUCGCGAGAACAGAGUGAAAAUUAUCCGGUGUUGGUCUCCGAGGCUAACCAGCUAUCAUGGGGAACAUUUUUGGCAACCUUUUGAAGAGCCUCAUUGGAAAAAAGGAGAUGCGGAUUUUGAUGGUCGGGCUGGAUGCAGCUGGGAAGACCACAAUCUUGUACAAACUGAAGCUGGGAGAGAUAGUGACUACCAUUCCUACUAUUGGUUUUAACGUGGAGACUGUUGAUUACAAAAAUAUCAGUUUUACAGUGUGGGAUGUUGGUGGCCAGGACAAAAUCCGACCUCUGUGGCGUCACUACUUCCAGAACACACAAGGUCUCAUCUUUGUGGUGGACAGCAAUGACCGUGAGCGAGUGAAUGAAGCCAGAGAAGAGCUGAUGAGGAUGCUGGCUGAGGAUGAACUGAGAGACGCUGUACUCCUUGUCUUUGCCAACAAGCAGGAUCUGCCAAAUGCCAUGAAUGCUGCAGAAAUCACAGAUAAGCUGGGUCUCCACUCCCUGCGCCAUCGUAACUGGUACAUCCAGGCCACUUGUGCCACCAGCGGAGAUGGUCUAUAUGAGGGUCUAGACUGGUUGGCCAACCAGCUCAAGAACAAGAAAUGAGAAGCAGAAGCAGACCGGAUCCAAGAGGAGCCGGUGUGGGCGAAGAGUCACCUGAGUGGCAGCUCAUCAGGGAGCACCAGUGGUUUCCAAGUUUCUUUCAUUCUGUUUACAAGCUGAGACCAAUAGGAGCCGGGUCAUUUCAGACAGUGUAACCCCUCUCUAUGUCCCACCUAACAGAUCCGUGAGAUGAUUGGGGAAGCACCCAUGAUUCAUAUUCAUAUUCACUAGUGAAGAUAGACAUCUCAGUUUCUUGUGUCUCUACACUGUAAAUGUAUAAAAGACAGUAACGGGGAGU